CGGUAUCUUAUAUAGAACGUCUUUGGUUGCGUAUCUUGAUAUAUCAAAUAUAUUUGGUUAUCGUGGUAUAUGAAUAUCUUUGCCUCUUUCUAGGCGUAGUAUUAUUUUACACACUGGUGGUGGAGCUCGCUAGCUGGCGCUAGCUGGGAAACAGGCACUGGAGGGACACAAUCAAAUGUUUAUAAUCAUUGGACACAAAACGGAAGUGUGUGUUUGCAAGCUUAAACAAUACAACUGGAGCAAAAGAGAAGUUUAACCUUUCUGCAUUUUGCGGUUACUGCCGAACAACUGUAUUAUUAUUAUUAUUAUUAUUAUUAUUAUUAUUAUUAUUAUUAUUCGCAUUAAUGGAGUUAUAGACAGUACUGAAAAGGUUAAGUGGGCAGUUUCCCAGUUAGACAAGACAGAAAAAAACUAGCUUUCGUUCAGACCGCAGUGUUCUAGAAGCGAGAGGCGCGUCUCUGAAAUGAAAGAAGAGAUGGAUAUGCGCGCAUCCUCCGCGUCUCUCCUGGAAGAAGAACUCGCCUCUGCUAUCGAGCCUGCAGUGAAAGCGGCUGUGCUGAGCGUCAUGUCUGCAUUAGCAAAGUUCGUGGACAGUAAAUGUGCAGUUUUCCACCUCAGACUGGACGAGAGAGACCACGAAUUCGAAAGCGUGAGAUUGCGAUUGGAAAUAGCGGAGAGCGAGUUGAAAUCGAUGCGGGGCGGAGAAUACACGAGCACUGGCGAUAAGAACUUUACGCAAUCUCUCACCAGCACUAAAACGCAAUACCCCGGGAGCGACAUCACCACAGACAUGAGUGAAUCGUAUUGCUUUUCAUGUGAGGGAUUGCCUGAAGUACUUCAAAACACAUGUCCUGCACAGAGAAAUGCUCUCCCUCAUGCUGAGGAAGGGUCGAAGGCAGAAUCAGCUCCCAUUCAAGAGGAGCUCUUUGCCCAGGAAUGGUGUAGGAGUCCAAAGCAGGCUACAGAGCUGACAUCUAUUGAAGGGAAGGAGGAGGAGGAACCUGCACUAGAUCCUGAGCACAUUAAUGAAGAGAUCCCUGGAAUUGAACCGGUCAUCAUUAAAGAGGAGGUUCCUGAACUUGAAUCUGACCCCGUUGAAGAGGGGGGUUCAGACCACUUUGAAAGACGGCAGCAAAUUCACACAGGAGAGCAACUGCAUCUCUGCCUUGUAUGUGGGAAGAGUCUCAAUACAUCAACAGAGCUGAAAAGCCACCAGUACAUUCACACAGGGAGGAAAGAGUAUCGCUGCAUUGAAUGUGGGAAAAAUUACAAAUAUUUAAACCACCUUAAAAAACACCACCGGACACACACAGGAGAGAAACCGUAUUGCUGCAGUGAAUGUGGUAAGAGAUUUAUUUCAUCAGAACAGUUGAAAAGACACCAACGAACUCACACAGGAGAAAAACCGUAUCACUGUACACAGUGUGGGAAGAGUUUUACUCAGUUUGGAAACUUGAAAUUGCACAAGCGAAUUCACACAGGAGAGAAACCGUAUCACUGCACUGAAUGUGGAAAGUGUUUCACACAGCUUCAGCACCUCAAAAGCCACCAGCGAAUUCACAGAGGAAAGAAGGUGCACUGAAAAAGAGAUCUUUUGCUCUUAUUAAAAAACUCAAAGGCUCUUUAAAAAAAAAUAUAUAUAUAGCGUUGCACGUCCUUAGGUGUUGAUACAACUGUUUAAGUAACAUGAGUUUCAUUUUUAUUUUUAUUGUUAACAUCCUGACCCCUUUUUGUCAAUCGCAGCAGCUAGUUUCUCUAUAUAUUCUCUG